GUGGAGUGUAUCUUUGACUUGGUACGCGACAAUAAAUUCUUUGCCGAUUUGGACGGCGAGAUGUCUCUGGAGUUGUGCCGUCACAUGACAUACACAACACUCAAGCAAGACAGAGUUGUUUUCUACAAAGGAGACCCAGGUGCAGCUUUCUACUCUCUUUUCUCGAACCGCGGUUGCGUCCACCUGAAAGCCAGCCGCGUGCAGCCGCCAACCAGCACAAAAUAUACGUGCAGUGGUGCCGACAACUGGUACCUCAUUUUGGCUGGAAAGGCUGGGGCGCCAGCAGCACCCCGCGGGAGAGAAGAGUGGACAAAAACAGCUGCGUCGCCGUCCUGGGGGAGGGCCAUUCCUUCGGAGAACUCGGCAAGUGCAGGCAGGCUCAUUCGCAACGACGUGCGAUCUGCUGCGCUGGUGACGCACAGCGAUUCCUUAUUUUUAACGCUCGACAAGAAAUCCUUUCAGCACUGCCUGGGCAACUUUUUAAAACAAAAGACAGACGACAAAGGUUUGCGCAUUACGCUUUGGAGCAUGGGAUUUAACGGGGUACAAACCCUGCGUCAAGUACUGCCAGGGGCGAAAGAGCUGCGCAAACUAGUGGUGGAACAGCUGACCUACUUCUUCAAGGAGGCUACUCUGCAAAAGGACGUGGCGUUGAGCACAGAGGGCAAUAAAGAAGACACCCUAUACCUCAUCGUUAAAGACGAUAUAUCGGCGACUUCCACUCCAUCUGCGCGGGAGCGUCAGAGGGUCAAUCAGCGGUGGCUUCCAUCAGUCAGCCAGGUUGUCUCGCGAGCCCUCCGUCAGCAGCGCGAAAAAGCCGUCAGAGAAAGCAGCCGUCCAGCGACAGCUGGGAGCCGCCGAAGCCCAUUGCGGCCUGCUGCAGCCGCAGCAGCUGCUGCUGCUGCAGCGGCUGCAGCAGCCGCCAAGGGCGACUGGAGCCAGGAGGGGGCCACGCUGCCCGACUUGAGCAGCUCUCCCAGGAAUAAGAAGCCGCCGCCUCCUUCUGUAUUGCUGGAAGAGCUUGAUCUCGCGCUGCUGCAGGAGGGGUGCGUUGUUAAUUUUUGCUCCCUCUUCUUCGACUGUCCUGAGCCCUUUUCGGUGUUCGCCUUUUCUGCAAAAACUCAAGUUUUUUCCAUUUCCAAGUCGGAGUUAUUCAAGCACAUGCCGCCUAUCACGGGGUUGCUAUUAUUGCAGCAUCUCGAGCGGCGUAUCGGGAAGCAAGAAGAGCGCAUACGGCGGCUGGAGCUCCUGCACCAGCGCGACGUCCGAGCCAGCACAGCAGAAACCAAGACACCCCAGCCCAGCCCAGCAGAGAGGCCCAUGCCAGAGCAGCAACGUCGAGUAGUUGCACAGGCUUUGUGGCUGCUGUUCUUUGCCUCCUUUCUCAAAUAUGUUCAAUAG